ACUGCCGAAAAAAAGUACAGAAGAAGAGGUGUCGACAACCGCGAAAAGUAACAGUUGGUUACACAAAGCCAACCUCUGUGAGAGUCUCCAAAAGUUCAUCAUCCUCUUCAUCACUGAAAGGCCCACACAGAAAGAUUUUAUAUUGGGUUCCGUGCAGGGAAUGUGGAGUUGUAAGGGGUGCAAAGAAACUGUGUCAAAAACUGAGGAGAGUCUGGAAGCUAUGCAGAGAGCUCUACUUUUAGAUGCAAAGAAGAGGAACAACAGAGACAUUGUGAAACUCAAGAUGGAAAAGACCUUUGCACUCAGAAGACAUGAAGUUGUUCGUGAUGGUCCAAUGGUGGAGGAUUUCAUGGCAAGGUGGUCUGCUCUGUUUGAAGUCUCUGAGAUCAACUCUGAAUUCAAGAGAAUCACGACCAAGCCACUACAAUCAAAAUUCCUGUCUCAGCUGGACCUCCACUCUGGCACCCUGAUGAAGCUGUUCCAAAAGCGAGGAGGACAGCUUGGGGGAAGGCUGGAAACAAUCAUUUCACAAAUGGCUAAUUGUGAUGAUGUAGAUGCUGGACGCGAGUCUAUCAUCAAGGGACUAUGCAUCUCCAUGGGGGAAGAUCCAAAAGACCUUGUGCGAGAAUAUGUGGACACAGAUGAAGGCGCCAUCAAGGACACGACUGUGGGGAUUUAUGUUCUUAAAGAUGCUUCCACUGAUGAACCGGAGGACAUCGGGAUCGUUCUAGAAGGCGUCAAAGUCUUGACAAAUCUGGAUAAUGUAGCAUUAGCUUUUGUAAUGCUGUUCAGACUAAUGUACGCGCUGAAUAUCAGCUACCCUGCUGACCUCCGCUACACCUUUGAAGUAGUCCAAAGCAUUAUAAUGGAACUGGACUGCGGUAAGCUCUCAAACAAUGCAACUGCUCUGAAAAACAGGCUCCUUCAGUUAAACGGUUCAGAGACUGCUGCAUGCAAGAAACCCCAAACAAUUGAAUCUGUUCUUUUUUUCUCUGUUAUGUUCAGGGUUCGUACGGGUGCUUGAAAUCCUUGAAAAUGCUUGAAAUUUGACGUGGUGUUUUCAAGGUUGGGAAAGUGCUUGAAUUUUGG